CGCCACUGUUCAAGCCCUCACGUUACAACGAAACCUCUCUGACUAUCAGCCAGAACCAUGACAGAAUACGACUUCUCAACCCGCACUGGCUUUCAGCUCGCCAUGAAGAACGCGCUCACCACCACUUCUCUGUCCGAAACAAAAGCCUACGCUGAAGCAACAGUAACGCCUACCUUCUACCACAUCAUCAACGGAAAACGCGUAGAGUACGAUGAGUGGUUUGCGAGCCUGGAGAAUUGGCGCGGUAAGAUCACGGGUUAUGAUCCUGUCGUAGAGGAGUUUCUGAGGGAUGGCGAUCAGCUUGCGGCGCGCAUGACUGGUGUGCUUACACUCGACGGGAAUGAGACGUUUUACGAGUGCUUUUUCUUUGCCAAGGUUGACGAGGAAAGUGGGAGGCUUGCGUCGUUGACGGAACGGGCGGUAUGGGGCCAGGUGGGAAAGCAGGAGGUGAAUGGGAGCACUUGAGUGCCUUUGGGUCGGGCCGGUAAGAUUGUGAAAGACUAUGGACUAGGUAUUCUAUGGGGAUAGUGAAUGAUGGAGUAAAGUUGAUUGAGUAUAAUUGCUCCUAGUACUCGGUUGAGCCGUGUUGAUAUCUUGACCCAGCAGGACAAUAUUAGAUAGGCU